UUGUGUGUGGCCUAACAAUAUUUCUGAACUCGAUCACGUAUCAAAUCAUUUUUAACAGCUUUUUUUAAUAUUUAAAAGCUUCGGAGGGUUUAUGAAACCUUAUUAAAUAAGUUCUUAAAGUUAAAAAUAAAAUACUACAGAAUGAACUAUUUGUGAUAACAAGUUAUCGCGAAGCAACAUUUUAAAAAGAAUAGUUAUCGAGUUUUGAAUUAGUGUACAUAACCUUUAACCUGUGCUGCGAGGAUUUGUAAAUAAAAGAAUAAUAAAUAAUUAUAAAUAGAAUGAUGGCAAAUGAGUUUCCCGUGCAUUUGCAUUUUUCUCAGACGAAUAUGGGAAAUCAGUUAAAUUUUGGCGUGUUACAGACCGAAAAUUUUGGCGACGUGGACAGAAGUGGAAUCAGGAACAAUUCCAGAAUGAUGUUGAAGGAACAGAACAUUCAUGUUAAAGACACCAAUUAUAACGUUAACAACUUUCGAUUUCCGAUUAAUCUUAGUUAUAUGGAAUGUCGAAACGAUUUGGAAAAUAGGAGUGUGAAUGAAAUGGACAAUUACAACUUGCAAAUAGAUGGUUCAACGGAUAACAAAAUGUUACCACAUUUUCAGUUAUCUACACUUAAUAACAGAGUCAAUGGAGUUAGAAAUUGUAAGCAGAAGCUGAAAGAAAAUUUUAGGUCAAAAACAUCUCAGGGCUAUGAAAGUGACGAAAGUUGUGCAUCUCAGGCAUCAGACAAAAAUGAAGGCAAAAGUAAAAUUCUAAGAGACAAUUGUCGUUUACAAAAAGCAUUUAUUUACAAUCGUUGCAACAGUCCAAACUUUUAUUUGCAUCCUUUCACUCCUCAACAACCCAAUAGCAAUUACAAUAGAACCAGGUGUUAUUCAAAUUCCAUCACCAGACCAGUAAGAAAUAAGAAACACUCAUCAUCGGAUGAUAUGGUAAGACGAGUUCACGGUUUAAUGGAAAGGUUUACAUCCAGGGCUAACACUUUACUGUUAAAUCCCAUAAUGGGCUUUCACAAAAGCGGUAGCCCGUGGGACGAGCUGGACCAAAGCAUUUGGGAAACGUAUCACACAAGAGUACAAAAGAAAGAGAAAUAUAUACAGAAAUUGCAACUGUGGAGUAAACUCUAUCUUCACAUAGGUAAUUUAUUAGAUCGUUUCGGUCUCUUCAUGGUUGGCUCGACCAUGUCUGGUUUAGCUACAGACAACAGCGACAUCGAUAUGUGCCUCCUAGUGCGGACAUUUUCAAACGAUCCUCGAAGCGAUUCUGUACGAUACUUGGACCUUAUACGCAGUUAUUUGUUGCAGUGUGAUUUCGUCACAUCACCGGAAGUAAUACAUGCCAAGGUACCAAUCCUAAAGUUCAUGGAUUCAGAGAAACGAUUCGAAAUCGACUUAAACUGUAACAAUUCGGUAGGCAUUCGUAAUACUCACUUGUUACACUGUUAUGCUCAUUUGGACUGGCGUGUGCAACCUCUAGUCAUUAUAGUUAAGUUGUGGGCUCAAGUUAAUCACAUUAACGACGCCAAAAACAUGACAAUAUCCAGUUACUCACUUGCCCUCAUGGUCAUACAUUAUCUUCAGUGCGGUGUUACUCCACCGGUUAUUCCCUGUUUGCACGGUCUUUAUCCGGAUAAAUUUAGUCCGGACAUCGAAAUACACAACAUAGACGUGCAAGAAGAACUACCGCCGUUCUUUUCGGACAACAAACAGUCUCUCGGUGAAUUGUUGGUCGGCUUUUUACAUUAUUACACCUUUUUUGAUUACGAUUCGUACGCUAUUUCGGUACGUUUGGGUUCUUACGUGCCAAUUGAUGAGUGUCGGUACGCUCGCGCUCCCAAAAACGAUCCUCAUCAAUGGAAAUGUCUGUGCAUUGAAGAACCUUUUGAUCUUACGAAUACGGCGCGUUCCGUUUACGACCUUGAGACAUUUAAAAGAAUCAAGAGGGUUUUUCACAGUUCAUACGCUAAAGUAAUACAAACAAAAAGACUAGAGUCGGUUGUUGUAGAAAACCAAAGAUGACAAACCAAAGCAAUAACAUAGCUCUUCUUGCGUUAUAAUACAUGAAUGCCUUUUGACGAAAUUUCGCUGGGGCCUUCAUUUUGCACGCGUUUUUGAUUAGUUUUUGUAUUCUUGUUUAAGGCUAAAAAUUUUUCACAUAGGUGAUUGUGCAAGCUGAUUUUUGCAUUAUUAUUAUCAUCACUAAAAAUUAUUUUGAACCAAUUUUUUCUUAUAUACUUAUUACUUAUA